UAUGUGCGCGGCGGAGCCGGGGCCGGGCGCGCGGAGCCACGCCGCCAUGGGGCAGCGCGGCCCAGGGCUGCUGCUGCCGCUGCCGCUGCCGCCGCGCAGGGGGGCCGCCGGCUCCCGCGGGCCGGGGGGCAGCGCCCGCUGAAGGCAGGCGGGGAGGCAGCACCCAGGCAUGGCCGACCCGCUCCGCAGGACGCUCUCCAAGCUGCGGGGCAGGAGGUCCCAGCGAGGGGCAGCGGCGGGCGCCGGGCACCGGCACGGCGGGGUCUGCGCCCCGCAGGAUUUAAUAGAAAAUGUUUACAUAGCUUCGAGAAGCAGGAAGGAGCCCCAGCCCCCCCAGGCCAGCGAGGUCCCCGAGCGCAGGCCGCAGAUGAACAGCAUUACUGUUUCUAAGAAACGCAGCUGGCUGCAGCAGAGCACACACCGAUCUCCUCCUCCUCUGGAAGAAGAAAGCACCUGUAAGGAAACGCAUGGGGCUGUCAUCCCGGUACCUAAAUCUCCCGUCCCGCAGCCUGAACCCGCAGUGCUGUGGGCUCCUUCCACGUCACCGGUGGGGCGGGAGUGCCCUGCACGAAGCUGUGCUCCUGUUGGUGCCCUGCCAAGCACCGCAAGCCCUGCUGUGCCCAGAAGCGCCGCUUUGGACUUCGGUGAGGAUAAUGACGCAGAUGAUGAAGGAGAAAUAUGGUACAACCCGAUCCCCGAAGACGAUGAGCCCGACUUGCCGAGGGUCCCCCCUUCUGCUGUGAAUAGCCUUGUUGCUGCGGGCUCCCUGGCAGUUCGGUACGACCCCCCUGCUGGGGGUGACUCGGGGACGGCUGUGGGUCCCCGUGAGAGUCCGCCAUGCUCCAUGGAGAGCGCAGGGGACAGUCAGACGGCUCAGCCCAGCGAAGUGAGUCAGGCCGAUGCCGUGCAUCCUGGGGGGCACGUGCAGCAGCACUGGCAGAGGUUUGCCUGCAAGGUUCCCGCUGUGCCAGCAGUAGAGGAUAAUCCUGCCUUUAAGUGCCCUUCAGCAGGGUCUGGAGCUGUACUUGCACACAAGGCUGAUAUACCCUCAACAGAGGUUUCUCCUCCAAGUCCCAGUCCUCUGAAAAAAAGUGGAUCAAUCAACUGGCCUUUCCCUGAUAGAAUUAAAUCUCCCAGGACUGUGAGAAAGCUUUCCAUGAAAAUGAAAAAGCUGCCAGAGCUGAGCAGGAAACUGAGUGUCAAGGGAACUGCAAGCCAUACAGGUUCAGAUAACCCUCCUCCCCUGCUGAAAGGUAGCUGCCGGAAUACAAGCCAUACGGUGGCUUUGCCAUCUUCUGGGAACUCAAGCACCACUGCCAGCAGGAAUGUGAUAAGUCGUUACCAUCUUGAUAGCAGUGUGUCAUCACAGCACACCUACAAAAAGAAAAGCUCAAGGAGCUCCAAAUCCUUCAACAAAGGCGGUUACCUCAGUGAUGGUGACUCUCCCGAACUUAUAACAAAAUCAGGUAAACAUGGGCAUGAAACCAAGUGUGGGAAAGGAAAGGAGAGCCUCCCAAGUAACAGUGGUAAAACUGAAAUAGAUAUCGAUGCUUUCAGACACUAUAACUUUUCUGAUCAACCCAAGUGCUCUCAGUAUAUCUCUGGACUUAUGAGCAUUCACUUUUAUGGUGCUGAAGACUUAAAACCACCAAGAAUAGACUCAAAAGAUGUCUUUUGUGCAAUACAGGUUGACUCAGUAAAUAAAGCAAGAACAGCCCUGCUUACAUGUAGGACAACGUUUCUAGAUAUGGACCACACGUUCAACAUAGAAAUUGAAAAUGCUCAGCACUUAAAGCUGGUGGUGUUCAGCUGGGAACCCACCCCACGGAAAAAUCGGGUGUGUUGUCAUGGAACUGUGGCUCUUCCCACUCUCUUCCGAGUGACAAAGACACAUCAGCUGGCUGUCAAACUGGAACCGAGGGGGCUUAUUUACGUCAAGCUGUCGCUCAUGGAGCAGUGGGAGAACUCUCUUGAUGGUCUCGAUGCAGAUCGGGAGCCCGUCAUGUUUGGGGUAGACGCUCGAAAAGUUGUAGAGAAGGAGAAUGCAGGCUUGAUGGUGCCACUUUUGAUGCAGAAAUGCAUUCUGGAGAUUGAAAAGAGAGGCUGUCAGGUGGUGGGCCUGUAUCGCCUGUGUGGCUCGGCAGCGGUUAAGAAAGAGCUUCGAGAGGCGUUUGAGAGGGACAGCAAGGCCGUUACUCUCUGUGAAAGCCAGUACCCAGAUAUUAAUGUCAUAACAGGCGUCCUAAAGGACUAUCUGCGAGAGCUACCCUCUCCCCUGAUAACCAAGCAGCUCUAUGAAGCAGUGUUGGAUGCCAUGGUGAAAAAUCCCUUGAAAAUGACUGCAAGCGGUUGCGAGAAUGACCCGAGUAACUCUGAGCACACAGCAGCCCUUCUGGAUUGCCUGCCAGAUGUUGAGAAGGCUACCCUGAAGAUGCUGUUGGAUCACCUGAAACUGGUGGCUUCUUACCAUGAAGUAAAUAAGAUGACGUGCCAGAAUUUAGCUGUAUGUUUUGGGCCUGUGUUGCUGAGCCAGAGGCAGGAGACCACCAACCAUAACAACAGAGUCUUCACAGACUCAGAAGAGCUUGCUAGUGCCCUGGACUUCAAAAAACACAUAGAGGUUCUUCACUAUUUACUCCAGCUGUGGCCAGUACAUCGCUCGCCUGCCAAAGAACCAGCACAUCCGAAUGCAUUUCCCGAGCACCCAUCCUCCCUGAAUUGCCUGAGGCCCAAGAGGCAGAGACCUCACAUGCUGAAUCUGAGUGGUACUGAGCUGUCUGGGGUACUCAGACCAAGGCCAGCAGGUCUAGACAGCCCGUCGAGCAACCGCUACGCUGGAGACUGGAGCAGUUGUGGGGAGAACUACUUCUUAAACCCAAAAGACUGCCUGAGUGAAGCAGACUAUGAUGAUGUCCCUUCGGAAGACACAGAGAGUGGGGAUGACAGCAGCAAGGCUGAGGAGUCGGACGCCCCGGUAAGAUGCACGCAGCCCGUCCCCAGAGAGCGUGCCUUUCAGAGCUAUUUGACGAUGCAGGCAAUAGACUCCGCGGCGGAUCACAGAGCAAACCUCAAAGACCUGCAGGAAAGUAUUGAUACUCUGAUAGGAAACCUGGAAAGGGAACUCAACAAAAACAAGCUAAAUAUGAGUUAUUAAAUCCUAUCCCGCAUGAUGCCGCUUCCUCAUGCCUCCGUGCCCCUCAGCGGGCUUCCCAGAGUGGCGUGAGGAGUGAUGGUGCCCUUCAACGCCUUGUGGUAAGCCCUUGGCUCACCUUUCGUUAACAAAUUUAAAGCCAUUCUGUUACAUUGCUGCCUUUUUGGUUUAAAAAAAAAAAAAAAAAAAAAAAAAAAAGCCUUGGCCUGAUGCUGGUGUUGGAGACAACCUUAGAGACUGUGAGGUGAUUCCACGUAGUGACAUUUCUCCUGAAAAAUACUCUGCACUUAGGUGGUCUGGGCAAUACCUGGCAGAAGAUAAAGCAAUGUCUCUGCUGUCGGCGGCAGCAGAAUUCCUCAUUCCUGAAACCCUAGCUCUGGUACGGAUGUUCCUCUCGGAAGAGGAUGGAUGAAUGCUGCUUGGCCUGAGUUCUGCAGCAUGGACUUCAGAUAGACUUGUUUUACUAUAUAUGCAAUGGCUGCUAUGAAAAAUGCUUUAUAUAUAUAAAAUAUUUAUAUAUAAAGUUUUAAUUGUACAAAUAUUAAUGUAUUCCUGUAUUAACACUUUCCAAUAAUUAUUUAAACAAGCAAAAAUUAAAUAUUUUUCUAACCUUGUUUGUAUAUAUCUACGUCUAAAUGUGCAUGUGUCUGUAGCCACCUUUGGAAAGGAGGUCUCAGAAUUACAAAAUGUCCCCAUUUCUAGGAAGACGUGUUCAGUGAUGCCAGGAUGAAGUUACCCCUCGGGUAACACAGUGCUUGACUUGUGCACAGAAACAUGGCCAGAGAGAAGGCAAGGUGAAUGAUUAAUGUAAAUGACCUUGUGUGUUGUAGGAGCAUCCAUCGGUUGGCAGGUGUUGACUAUUAACUCUCACACACACUCACCACCCUUUCACUAUUUUUUCCUCUUUUUUUUUUUUUCCCUCCAUGGGUUUUUUUCAUAUAUAAAGAAAGUAUCUACUUUUCAAAAAAUACUUCUGGUUUGUCCUUGUAACCUGUUACUUUAUUUUUGACAUUUCAAUACUUUUUUCUCUCCAGAGUUUCAUGGGUGUUUUGUGGGGUUUUUUUUUGUCUGGCUGCCGGUAGGUAGAUGUGUGUGUUAGCUGUGGCUCUGGGGAUGCAAGGCUCAACUUCUGCACAAAGGCAGUUACUUUUUUUUUCUCUGAGUCUUUUUUUUUUGUUUAAAUUAUUCUCCCAAAAAUGGAAACCUGAGUUGUUUCAUGAGGUUGAAUGGGUUGAGUGAUGAUACACCUGGGGGAGUUUGGGUGGGAUUGCAGUUCACUGUGACCUUAAUUAGGUUCAGCUAUCACCAUCUUCUCAGAUCAUCUUUUUAUCUUCAGUCAUUUAUGGUGAGCAAUUAGACAUUUCAUGUUAGGAAACACAUUCUUGGUUUAAUUAAAAAUAAUUCCCAAAUUGCAUGCAGAUGUUUUGAUAGUCUCUCUAAGUAAAAGCAGGUACCGAGUCAUUCCUUGUCCUUCACAGGUCCCCCCCUCAGGAAGGGGGAUUUGGGCAGGUGGGUGAGAGGGUUGUGUGCCUUGAGAGGUUGAACACCGAGUUGCUGUCAGCUGGAAGGGUAGAACUUAAUUCUCUUCAUUUUUUUGGUACGAUGUUGGCAUCCCGCCAUGGCUUUCCAUUCACCCUGUGGGUAAGUGUUUUUCUGCUAACUUGUACUUCCUUGUGUUGCUUAAUUGAAGAGUUAUUUAUUUACAGUACCAAGGAAUUAAGAAUUGCUAUGGCAAACUUCACCCCUCUUUUCUAAGGAAUAAUUUUAGCAUGGUUUCAAAUGGUUUAUUCAAUCUCAUUAAUUUAUUUUUUUAUGUGUUAAAAGAUGCAAAACAAUUAUUGCAAUAUAAUGAUAAUGUAUGAAAAUGUAAAUUUAACCUGAAGCAUUUAUCAAUAAAUCGAUGUAUUUUUUUAAACUUUUAUACCUACAGAAUGUGCAUACUUUUUAAACUAUAAAUUUAAAUUCCAAAUAAAAUUUGAAUUAAGAACAAAAUUUGACU